UGGGUGCUGGCCCUUUAAGAGGAGCGGGAGGGGGCCCGGAGCAUCUUGGCUGCGGUGUUUUUGUCUCUUGUCAGUGAGCGCUCCUGGGCCGAGAAGGCUGCAAGGAUUUUUUUUCCAGAGGGAAGAGCAUCAUCGGAGGCGCUGGUGCUGACUAGAAGAGGGCAAGUAAAGGAAAGGAGAGGAAGGAGCCUGGGGAGGAAACGUCCCAUCCUCACAGCGCACGCAGCUGGUUUGUGUUUGGUUGAGAAGCUGCCACAGGCUCAUUAUGGCUCAGGUGCUGCACAUGGACACUGGCUUCCCAGGUACGAGAUGUAUUUAUUUCUACUUUGGAAAAUCAACCCGCCUGCUCCUCCUUCCCUGCAUACUAAAGAACAGGAGGCGCCCUACUCAGUGGAGACCCCCUAUGGCUACCGUCUGGACCUAGACUUCCUCAAAUAUGUUAACGACAUAGAAAAGGGGAACACUAUCAAAAAGGUGCCAAUCCAGCGCCGGCCGCGAUAUGGCUCCCUGCCCCGGGGCUACGGCUACACUGGCUCCUGGUGGACCUCCACGGAGUCGCUGUGCUCAAACGCCAGCAUGGAAAGCCGCCAUUCCUCUUACUCCUACUGCGCGCCGGGCUACCACACAACGCAGAGGCCCAGCUUUAGUACUGCCCGGGUGGAGAAAACCCUUUUGGAUGCUCGCAGGAAGCUGGAAGAGGAGAAAGAGGGACGUCGAUUUUCCAACCUCGGCACCAUGCACAGCAGUGUGGCUGGCUCCAACACGUCCCUCAGUAGUGCGCAUAGCUUCAACCGAGCACAAGGCGGAGGUGGAUCCUUUACUCCCCUGAGCUCUGGCCUGUCUACCCCGGUGACUCCGACCCCGGCCCACCUACAACAUGUCAGAGAACAGAUGGCUGCAGCCCUGAGGAAGAUAAAGGAGCUGGAAGAGCAGGUGAAGACCAUCCCUGUGCUCCAAGUAAAAAUCUCUGUACUGCAAGAGGAAAAGAGGCAGCUCAGUGUCCAGUUAAAGAGCCAGAAAUUCCUCGGCCACUCGCUGGGUUUCAGCCGAGGCCGUCCUCGCGGGGAGCUCUACAUCGACAUUCCUGAGGAGGAAGUGAGCGCCGGGGCGAGGAGCAGCAGCAAGACUCCAGGCCCGAUGUCACCUACGACGCCUGAAGGCUCGAAGCAGGACUCGGGGUGUGAGAUUGAAGACACGGUGAUCGUGGGUGGCGCACGACCGGAUGCGAGGCGGGAGGUGCGCACCAUCGGGGUGGGGCCAGAGGACAAAAGAGCCACUUGUCACGUCGGUGUGUGGGUCCGGGAGAAGGAUCUGGGACUGCUGCCGGAGACGGAGGCGCUCAAAGAUCAAGUGGGUCAACUUGAGGGCAAGUUAAAGAGGACGGUGCAGGAGCUGCAGGCUGCACAGCAGCAGGUCUCCACGGCCCAGAAGGCCCCUCGGGCCGAGCAUCCAGUGAUGGCCACCAACAUGGGCUGGCAGGAACCACAGGGCUGCGACCUGCACACCCUGGUCAGCUUCACGCAGCAGCCGCAGCAGAGGGAGCAGCGGACGGUGGGGAUCCAGGUGUACACGCUGGAGAAGCCCAGAGUGGUGGAGGUGGGGAUGCGGCUCCGAGCAGAGACCUGCAGUUCCCCCACCCCUCAACCAGUGGGGGGAGUCUUGGAGGGCCAUAACGAAGGACAAACGGAAGAAGCUCCAGUCGAGCUGCCAAUUGCAGUCAGCUCCAAGCAGGUACGCGACGUCCUGCAGAGUAGGCUGUCUACCUCGGUACCUGUUGCUAACCCUGCCAUCGCUGUAACAUCUGGUAAUAAAAUUAGUUUGCUGCGUUCCAAAGAAGAGGAGACGAACGCACAAACGGCCGCUGAGUCACCAGACGACUUACUUAAAGCAGGCAUGUGGAUCGGGCUCUUUCAACAACCCAGCAAACCUUUUUCUCAUUUCAACUCUUCUUCACAGUCUUCUCUGAGAUCAAUUAUGAAGCGCAAAGCUGAAGGUGAGCCAGGCUCUCCAUCAACAAAGAAAAACCUACAGUUCAUUGGAGUCAAUGGAGGCUUUGAGUCCACUUCCUCAGAGGAAAGCAGCAGCGAGAGCUCGGAUGAGGGGAGCGACUCCAGUGAGUAUCAUGAGGCCAGAGAAAAACUGCCAGAGUCCGCCAUCCAGCAGAAUCACACCAUCCUUAACAAGGCCUCCCAGCCACAGGAAGAAAGCACCAGUGAACCUCAGCCAACUGCAGUCAAACCACCAGCUGUCACCUCGGACUCGCAGCAGAGUCCCAGCCAGUCUGCAUCUGUGGAAACAAAACUGUCCAACAAAACUCCUCAGUCACCAGCAAACAACGUUCCCCAAAAAUGUGCCUCACAGCUACCAGUAGCCUGUUCCACCUCGGUCCCUCCGUGCCCCGCUGAAGACGACCAGUUUUCAGAGAAACGCGCUCCCUCCCAGGAAAUCACACCCACUCCAGGCAGCACUGACUCUCCUCCUGGGCAAAACUCCGUCAGGUCUCCGGACACCUGUUCCCCGGCAACCAGCGUCAGCAAAGCCGCCGAGGCUCUGGCACAGCCGCCCAACGCCCAGUCAGACACAUCUGUGACUUCCAGUCAGCCGGAGUCCAAGCCAGCAGAUGACACCGCAACAACUGUCAAACAAGUCAGACUGGAGCUGAGCGAAAGCCUGAUGUCCGCUCUGUACGCCCUGCAGAAAGCCCUGGGGGAGCCCAAUGCCUUCAGCCAGCAAGGAGCAAGGGCGGCCUACACCACUGUGCUCCAGGAGUGGCUACGUGUGUCCUGUCACAAAGCAGCCGACACAGCUGUUGUCAAAGCCUACAUGGACGCUUUCGCCUCCAUCUCCCCCCAGCUGCUGGCGUUUGUGAUCAACAUGGCAGAUGGCAACGGGAAUACAGCGCUCCACUACACUGUUUCACACUCCAACUUCCCUGUGGUGAAACUUCUGCUGGACACUGGCCUCUGUAACGCUGACAAGCAGAACAAGGCCGGCUACACGGCCAUCAUGCUGACGGCUCUGGCCGCCUUCCACUCCGACGGCGACCUCCAGACCGUCCUGCAGCUGCUGCGCACGGGAGACGUCAACGCCAAGGCCAGCCAGGCCGGCCAGACGGCGCUGAUGCUGGCGGUGAGUCACGGCCGAGGGGACAUGGUGCGGGCGCUGCUGUCCUGUGGAGCUCAGGUCAACAUCCGGGACGACGACGGCUCCACGGCGCUCAUGUGCGCCUGUGAGCACGGCCACGUGGACAUCGUCCGCCAGCUGCUGUCCAUCCCAGGCUGCGAUGCCACUCUCACCGAUAACGACGGUAGCACCGCUCUGUCCAUCGCCCUGGAGGCCAGUCAAAACGACAUCGCCGUACUUCUGUACGCUCACCUCAACUUCGCAAAGCCUCCGUCCCCGGUUUCACCGAAGUCUCCUCUCUUGGGUUCUUCUCCUCCCGCUGUCGAACCAAAAUAAACAACUCUCCAGCAUCUAAGAGCAGCUGAACGGAAACUUCCCAGAUGUUUGUUCAUCCAUGCUAUUUUGUAGAAAAUUGAGUUUGUCUGUGCAUUUUGUUUUCACCAUGAAUAAUAAUUUAGGUACAUUAGGAUGUGCAGAUACUGACAUCAGAGUUUGUGUAAUCCUCAUACGCGUUUUUAAAUUCCAUACACAGUUGUCUGUUUGUAACCUCAGUGGUGAUUCAAAGUACGUAGAGUGACACCUGUGCAAUCUCAAGUCUGGUUUGGCCACAUUUCACCCCACUGCAUGUCUGUUAUGGCACGGGUCAAAAAUGCUUACCAAUUUUUGUUAUACCAGUUAUAAUCAUACAUUUCCUUUUUUUUGUAUUCCAUAUUCUAUUAGUUUUGAAUAGGGAUGUGUGUUUUAUUCUAACAUAUAACAUCACUGUGUGUGAUUACUGCCAUUUGGAAUAACAAGAGCCACCAUUCUAUAAGAAGUGUCCUUGCAUCAACUAGUUUAUUGGUGCUACCAAAUGAAAACACAAAAGACAACACCUCAACCGUAAACACAAGACUUAUUUUCAGCAAAGUAUUUUUAUAUAGAUGUUUUUUUUCAGUCUGACUUUGUCUGUCCUAGAACCUGCAAGGUUCAUGACUUCCCCAAGCUUUGGUAGGUUUAAUUCCAGAAGACAAAUGUUCAUUUUUUGUACUGAUCGUGAAUCACUUAUCAAAAACUGAGAAAUAAAUCUUGCAUAGACUCUGAAACAGUGUAUUUUUAACAGUCGGAUUAUCAGUGGGCUGCAGACGAGAGGUGCAGCUCUUAUCUGCAGGCUGUAGUACAAUGGUCUUUUUUUAAUAUGUGGUGGUAGCAAAAGUUUAGAGGGUGUCGGUGUACGUAAAAGGUGUUUAGAAGAUUUAAAAUGACUUGGUUGAUGAAUAAGUGAAAGUGCUGGUGUGUUUUAUCAGAGAACCAGAAAGUGACAGAUUUGGGUAUAUAAAAGUACGUACCAUGUAAGAUAUGAAUAUUGAAAUAAUAUAUGGUAAUACAACCUCAGAAUUAUUAUGCCUAAAAUCUAACAAAAGUGCAUAGGCUGUUGAUGUCAACAUUUUUAUUACUUUUUAAAGAUUUUGCCACAAUUUUCUUAUUCACUUUUCUGUGAUCAAAUUUUUAUAAACUUUGAAUUUUUUUUAUUUAAGUAUCUAUCUUUUUAUACCUUCAGAAUUUUAAAGCCCACACUUGCUUUAAGUAAUUUCACAACUUUGUAGUUUGAUUUCUGACCAUUUCUGUACAUUUCUAGACCAAGUCUCUUCUAAUUUGUGCAUUUUGGAAAACAGUUGAUGAAUAAAUGUGGAUCACAAGC